AUGGCGCUGCGGGCCCCCAACAUGCACGAGCUCGUCGCGCUCGCGUCUGCGGCAUUACUGAGAGCGGCGCCGCUCCGCUGCCGAGUCAUGAGCACAUUCUCCACCGGCGGAGGGUCCUGCGCCGCGGCGAGCGCCGACGUCAGGCGGCUGGCCGACGGCACAUACUUCAAUCGCAAACUCGGCGCACUCAACGUGUUCGAGAUUGACGUCGACGAGUCGAUCAUCGACGAGGCGGCCGAUAUCUUCUACGGCCGCGAUGCGAGCAGCAGCAGCGACGGCGACGGCGACGGCGACGGCGACGGCGACCAUAGCCCCUUUGCAGGCGUGGGCGACAGCGCAGAGCCGUACACUGAGGUCGCGACACCGGCCGGCAACUUUUUCACGCAGCGCGUCAGCGGCUGGAGAAGCAACAUAGCGUGGGUCUCGGUCGACGACGAGCACUCCUUUCAGAGAUUCGAGGCGCUCUUUGAGCGCCUCGAGCUGCCGCAGCGCUUCUCCUCUGUCAUCCCACACUUGAGCUCGCCGCGCCUCUUCAGCGCCUUUUACGUCUGCCGCUCGUGGUGCGAGGCGCACAGCUUCCACACCGACUACAUGCGCCCCGUCGGCCUGCACGCGCUCACCCUCAUCACGCCGCUGCGCGACUAUCAAGAGACGGACUCCUUCCAGCUGACCUACAAGCCGGCCGUCGCGAGCGGCGCGCCGCAAUCCGACGGUUACGCAGCGCACGGCUCCGAGGAUGCGACGGAGGGGCGGACGGCGCCGCCCGCGCUGCAGCGGUACGCGUACAAGAAGGGCAAGGCGAUCGUCUUUGGCUCUCGCUUCGAGCACAGCACCGAGCCUGGCGCGGGCGACGAGGGUGAGGUGCACGCCUAUCUCUGCUUCACCUUUGGCACGGACGACCAGUCCAAGUGGGCCGACAUUGCGCAGACGCUCGACACGCAGUCGCGCAUCGUCCAGCACCCUGAUGGAGAGCUGAGGCUCUCCGCGCUGGGUAGAGCCAUCGAGGCGGCGCUGCGCGACCUCCAGCGCGGCUCUGGCGGCGGGGGCGCAGAACAUCUCUCUUCCGUGGACGCGCAUGUCAAACGAUAG